AUGCGCGGUGCAUUCUUCUGUGGAGGGCGAAGCGAGCAGCCAUCCGCGGGGCAGCAGAAUCGCUCAGAAAUGAUCUGACAAAGAAAAAGAUCGGAAUUAAUUUCUGAAAAAGCAAAGCGUGUCGCAUUUGUGUCCCGGCGGGACAAAGUCCACCUCAGUCUGUCCGAAGUGGAAGUUGUGCUGCCUGGAGCCACCGGGGAGUCCUGAAGCUUCUCAGCCCCGGGAGGGUUUGGUUUGUCCCCUGCGGUGUGCGGAGCCUUUCACCAACCCGGGGGACCCACAGCGCGGGAGCUGCACCUGGAAAAUCUCCAUAAAAUGAUCCCAAGGUGAGCUGACUUCCUGCUGCGUUCGUCUGUCCAGCUGUAAGAGCUCGGUGUUCAGAGGAAACUCCUGACUGAGAAACCCAAAAUGUCUGCUGCUAACAUCAGAGCGCUGAUCCUCACCCUCCUCCUCCUCCUCUUCCCCUUGGUCGCGAGCCAACAGGUGCCCUCAAACUGUGUGAUCAAGAGGGAGCAGGAGAAAUGCAUGGAGAUGAUGGCGUCGGAUGAUCCUGGGAACGAUCCAGAGUUUGGCUGCCCGUGGAUGUGGGACAACCUGACCUGUUGGCAGCCUGCGAGGAUCGGAGAGGUGGUCGAAGUCAACUGUCCCGAACUCUUCUCUCAGUUCAUGAGUGAAGAAGACUACGAGCUGGGGAAGGUGAGCCGUAACUGCACCGAGUUCGGCUGGUCAGACACUUUCCCUCACUACAUCGACGCCUGUCUGUAUGAGGAGGGAAACAGCAGCCAUACGGACAUGUACUACGUGUCGGUGAAGGCUCUGUACACUGUGGGCUACAGCACCUCUUUGGUCUCGCUCACCAUGGCCAUGGUCAUCCUGUGCAGGUUCAGGAAGCUUCACUGUACCAGGAACUUCAUCCACAUGAACCUCUUCGUGUCGUUCAUCCUGAGGGCUAUUUCGGUGUUCAUCAAAGACGGCGUGCUGUACGCCAAAGAGGACAGCGAGCACUGCUUCAUACACACUCUGGAGUGUCGGGCAGUGAUGAUAUUCUUCCAUUACUGCGUUCUUUCCAACUACUUCUGGCUCUUCAUCGAGGGCUUGUACCUCUUCACCUUACUGGUGGAGACCUUCUUCCCCGAGAAGAGAUAUUUCUACUGGUACAUCAUCAUCGGCUGGGGAACCCCCACAGUGUGUGUGACCAUCUGGGCGGUGCUGAGGCUGCACUUUGAUGAUAUCGGGUGCUGGGACAUGAAUGACAAUGCUGCCAUCUGGUGGGUGAUCAAGGGACCCGUGCUGGCCUCCAUUAUGAUCAACUUUGUGCUCUUCAUUGGCAUCAUCAUCAUCCUUGUGCAGAAGUUACAGUCUCCAGAUAUCGGUGGAAAUGAAUCCAGCAUUUACCUGAGGUUGGCCCGCUCCACUCUGCUCCUGAUCCCUCUGUUUGGGAUCCACUACACUGUGUUUGCCUUCUCCCCUGAGAACGUCAGCAAGCGAGAGCGUCUGGUGUUCGAACUCGGCCUCGGAUCCUUCCAGGGCUUUGUGGUGGCCGUCCUCUACUGCUUCCUGAAUGGAGAGUAUAUCCCUCAAGGUGCAAUCGGAGAUCAAGAGGAAAUGGCGCAGCUGGACGGUGAACAGGUACUUUGCUGUGGACCUGAAGCAUCGGCAUCCUUCGCUGGCGAGCAGUGGGGUGAACGGGGGCACGCAGCUGUCCAUCCUCAGCAAGAGCAGCUCGCAGAUCCGCAUGUCCAGCCUGCAGGCCGAGACCCCGGCCACCUGAGCGGGGACGCCACGUCCGGCAACGACGGCGCCUCUGGACCUGACGCCGCCAAACCUGCCACCCCCACCCUCGUCCCGAUGACCAGCCUCACCAACCCGUUCCUCAACCCGUACCCCAACCCAUACCCAGACGAAACCAUGAUGGAAACCCAACUCAGCUCCAGCGACCCGGAACAGCCUCUAGUCUGACCUGCCUCACUCUGAAAUCUCUUCAUGUCCUCUGACCGGGUCCAGCUGGAACACAAACCUGUUCCCGAGUCGUCUUCAAAGGGCAUGAAUCUCACGUAUUCGUCAAACGUCUCGUUGGGCUGUAACCUGCGGGAGAAGCGCGGUCAUCUCUUUGUACAUAUCGUCUGAGUGUUUUAACGUGUCUGGUGCUACAGUAUUUGCUGCUGUUCAGCACAGAGGGACCAGAGAGCUCUGCAGUACCAUCAUUCCAGUCUGCCCGAGGACGUCCUCAACGUCAACCCUCAACAUUUAGUUAGAGUACACGCUGCGCUCCUCUUUGAGUACACGCUGCAUGAUGGCAAAUGCAGUAUUUAAUUUUUUUGACUGCCCAAACCCUGGACUGAAAUCCAUGACAUCUCAGUGUCUGCUGCUUUGAUCCUGACACAUCUGAAAUAUCUUAAAAGGGUAGUUUAGUUAAAUCUGUUGACAACAAUUUAAAAAGUGAAGGUUCACGCUCACGUCGGUGUUGUUAAUCGGAGCCGAAGAGGCUUCAUUCCUCGCAGCUCUUUGUGUGUGACCGUGUGUGAAAGCUCAGUGUUUUUUCCCACUAAUGGCACAAUCCCCUGUUUGUGAACUGUGACCCGUGUAAAACAACAUAAUGGCAGAUGAACAAUGUGGAGGAGAAGUUUCAUCUGCGUGUGAAAAGGCAGGUUUCACGAGAAGGACGUGUUUUCUGCUGUUGCGUGCGUGUGUGUGCGUGUGUGUGUGUGUGUGAAGACUCUGAGGGUCUUCUUCGGAUGUGUGCUCAGUGCUGAGGUUCACCGACUACGACCACAAACCUCCCCUUCGGAUCUCAGCACUGCAGAGUCCUGAGAAGAAGACGCCUCAGGAGGUCAGCCGUCAGUACAGAAAAUGUCAACGAAAAAGGACUCGAAUCAUGAGUUCAUCUGCAUGCAUGAAAUCGUAUUUAUUGUCCAUGUGAUUUUCUUUUUCUUCUUUAAGUUAAUUCAGUGUUCAAUUGGAUGUUAAAUUUCUCCUUUUUCUUCGCGAACUCUCAGAGUCUUGCCGGGCUGCCGUGGCGGCGGCGCUCUGUAACACUGACUCUCUUUUCACUUUCUUAAUGCUGAGACUCUUCAUCAGCCUCCUGCAGGAAGUUUCAACGUUGUACUGGUCCAGGUGAAGGUGUAGACCAUUGGAAACAUUCACUGUUCUUGGACUAAAUUUCCUAAUUUGUUUCUGAAAAAUGACCAUUUGGAAAAUCUGUUUUCAUUUUGAUUAACGAGGGGGAUUUUUUGUACCACCUUGCAGCAUCUCCGUCUUUCUGCAGUUACUGUCUCUGGUGGCAUUUGGUCUCUUUAUGCGUGAAAACAAGCACAUUGAGACGGAUGUCACCGUCGUAGAGGGGACUUUUAACUCUGGGUGAUUCUCUCAUUCCAAAGACGAAUUAAUCGACUCUUUGCUGAGGUUUUGCACGGCCGUAUCUGUUUGCAAAGGCUGACUUGGCCUUGCAGCUGAUGUCACAGCAGAUUUUUUCUUUGGUCCGACUCGACUAUCCUCUGAAUCCCGACGCUCGACUUUACGUUGUGUCUCCAAAAGUGCCUUUAAGCACAAAACAAAAAUAUUCUGACUUCUGUUGAUGAUUUAAAAUAAAAAAAGAGAUUUGUUUUUUGAUUUUAAAACGAAACUGCAAAGUAAAGAAAAGGGUUGAACAAAGUGCUUUUAUGAUGCUUAAGACUAAAUAAGCGUUUCAAACCUGGAGGCCUUCAAGCUGCUUCAACUCGUCUUUGCUGAAGAUGAGCAGAACGUACGACAGAUUGGCGUUUUGAAACAAGCGACUCGAUGUGUCGGCGCACACAAGAGCAAAGUAUUUUCUUCUUUUACUGACGCGUCCUUUGUUUUUCUCUCCAGCAGAAAAACUGAAAAAUACAGAAUUACAAAGAGUCUCAUGGAUCCAAACCGCAAAGAAUUUGAAAAUAUGAGACAAAUUUCAAUUUAAUGUGACUCGAAUGGCUCAUUUCUGCAAGGAGAGAAAUAACUCGGUCUGAAAGCGUCUUUAAAGACAAGCUUGAAGCGGGAAAAUGAGCAAAUUCUUUGAUAUUUGCUGGUUUCCGAAUACACGUUAUUUAUAACUGAUGACAAUAGAAGAGUACACCUGCUCAGUGUUGUACUGUGGUUAAAUGCUGAGUUUUUCUCCACACAAGUCACACACUGAACAUCAUUUUGGUGAUUUGCAGGUAAAAACAUGUCAGUACGGACUCCUGAGACUGACAAAAUGUAGUUAAAUAAUAAUGAGUGUAAAAAUCAACUAAUCACAAAUCAAAUUACUGAAAAAUUAAAAUCCUUUUGUCAGCUUAUUGGAAGUUUAAAGCAUCAAAGUAAUAAUAAUAUUUAUUGAUGAAUUCAGUUCAGUUUUUGACCUGACUGAUAUUUUUUUAAAACCCAGCAAACCCACCUUUCUAAUUUAUUGUUAUGUUUAUUUUUUUAAAUGUAGAUUUUUACAUUAUUUUAAGUGUUUCAAAGCCUCCACACUGCCAGGAAGAUUUUUUUUACAGCCUAAUUUUAAAUAUCAAACACCGUAUUUAAAAAUAUAAUAUAAUUAAAUUCUCAGAAACAACAGGAGAGCACGUCUUUGCUGUCGAGUUUAAAAUGAGAAGUGAAAAUCUUUAGAGGACGAUAGAGACAGAAAGGUUAGUCUUAACUUUGAGUCUUCGAGUACUCAUCUUGCAUGUGAAUCCCAUUUUUCUAUUGUGGAUCUGGUGAAAUAGUUUUGUUUUUUGUCUACACGGUGGUAUAACAUUUCUUCAAAAGUGUAUGUCAGACUCUGAAAUAUAGCAACAACUUUAUAAAAUGUCUUAUUAUUUCAAACUGUAAAUCCAGUGAGUCCACAUUCCCAGAAACGGUAAAGAUGACUCAACCUCAGUGUCCUCAGUGGAAGCUAAAACAUUCGACUCUGGCCAUCAGGCUUUUCAACCACAUUUUGUCCAGUUUUACUCCACGUCUGCACAUCUCUUGACCUGCAAAUGACCAAAUCCGUUAUUUCUGUGAGUCCAGAGAGAGAAAGAAGGGCUGACCGGAAACUGUACUGCCCUGUUGUUCUGCUGCUUGAAGAAAUAACAGUGCAGAUCCAGCAGCAGCCACAAGGGGGCCCUGUUCCAUCUUGUGAUGUUAGGAGGGGCAAAGGGCUGGACAAUCACCACCUCUUCUUCUCUGGUUCAGUCUGGCUUCAUUACAAACAUUAUGACAAUCUCACCUGGUCGUGUUUUGUUGAUGUGUUUAGAAAUGAUUUCCUCUAAGUGUUGAUGUGGGAAGUGGAGCCUUAUAUUGCCAGUACUAUGUUGAUGUCAAGCCAAGCUAUUAUGACCUGCUGCUGUGGUUUCACGUCCAGUGACAAGUGAAAGUGGAUGAAAGAGUUUUGCAGAAGCGGUAAGUUGGACUACAUCAACCCCUCACUUAUUGAAAAUUACCUCGAU